UCCAAGCGAGCGCGCGCGUGUGUUUGUGUGUUGGACAGGCUCCUGCGUUGAGAGGAGGGAACCGCGCGCUGGCCAUAAAUACUUCAGUUCAUCUCUUUAUUGUUCUUUCUUGGCGAUUCGGCUUCUCGUCUCCGUUCUCCGUUCUUCGACGAGUGGGUCCCAAUCGCCGGGUGCGUAGUCAGCGAUAUUAAGUUAUUAGAAGAUAACGAGGAAGAGGCUUUGGUUUAACGGAGGCUGCCAGGACCCCCAAGGCACAGCGACCUCACCAUCAAGAUGCUGCGACUGCUCCUCGUGAUGGGGGUCCUCCUAGCGACAGCGCUCUCGCUCCCCGCCGAGGACACCGAGUUCGCGCAGGACCAAGAGGGCGUCCCCGAAGCCGAGGCUCUUCGACGACGCCCUCCCUGGCGCGCUCGCCCGACCUUCCACAUCGAAAGAACCACCGUGCAGAAGCCGGAAGCGCCGCUCUCCGCCGACAUAUACACGUCUGCCCUGAACACUAUCCAGCAAGAGAAACUCCCGCACCAAGGCCCUGUCCGGCUGCUGCCCCACAGCACUCUGCUCACCGAGUAUGUCUCCGAGGAGGCGUCGCGCGGCGGAGGAGGAGGAGCCUGCGCCCCAGGGACCCGCACCGGGGCGAUCGCCAGAGAGAAGACCCCUUCCCCACGCGCCCGUGCAGGACGUGCCGCUGCCUCAAAGGCCUCCAGCGAACAGCCCUCCCGCCCUUAGACCACUGCCGCAAAGGCCUCUGGCGAAU